UGUGUAACGCCACGGAUCUCCUCAUCACGUGGCUAGUGUCACAUGUGGCGCUCACAUGCCAACGACGACAUGCCUAGGCAACUCAUGAAUAUCCUUCGCAUCAUCCAUGUACAACAUUGACAUCGCUUUAUUCAACAAUGACGAUCAUCUAGCAUCUUAACAAUCCUCGCAGAAUGGACGAAUUCACAGCAGACGCUUUUGCUAAUCGGGAAGAACCCAUUCCCUACGUGGCCGUUCCUCAAAAUGAGGGCGAACCUUCAUCUCCCGACUCGGAGCGCCGGCGGGACAAAAUGAAGAGAUAUCUGUCCGCAACGAACAUGAAGAACAAAGCCCAAGGUAUUGUAGCUUCUCAACUCGACGAAAACCGUAUAAAACCCGGUAAUUCGAUGUCCCUACAAGACCGAGUCUUUUCCAAGAUUCUCCAACAAGUCAUCCCCGCCGAUGAAGACGAUGACUACGAAACCACUCCAACAUCACCAGCGGAAAAACGUUCAUCAGCUUACGUUUCCCGUCCAGCCUUCAGUCUUCCCCUGAUGACCAACAACUUCCGCCGCUUCAACGCCCGCAUCGGGAUUGUCUUCGUCUUCCAAAAUCAACUAAUCCGCCUCUUCACCUGGCGUGUACCAACGCAUACCCUUUCUUUCCUGGCCACUUACACAUUCGUCUGUCUGGACCCUUAUCUUCUUGUCGUCCUCCCACUCGCCGUGGCAUUACUCUCUAUCAUGGUUCCAGCAUUCACUUCCCGUCAUCCCCCACCACCACGCCACUCCGCCCUGUCCAGCACUACGCCCUACGACCACCAAGCAUAUACCGGCCCAGCCAUAGCGCCCGCCCGCACCAUCAAACCCGUGAGCGAGACCUCCAAAGACUUCUUCCGUAAUAUGCGCGACCUGCAGAACAGCAUGGCCGACUUCAGCAACGGCCAUGACCUAAUGGUCACCACCGUCGCCCCUGCCACAAAUUUCAGCAACGAAACAUUCUCCUCCCAGCUAUUCUUGUACCUCACCAUCCUGACCACUCUAUCCUUCAUCACCGCACACCUCCUCCCAUGGCGCCUGAUCUCCCUACUUACAGGCUGGUCGCUCGUCGUGUCCAACCAUCCGACCGCGCAAUCGUGGCUCGCGAAAAUGCAAAAGCGCGCAGAGAAGCAAGCACAGCUUACCUUGAACGACCCAACCCUCAAGCAUCAAGCAUAUAUCCAGGGCAUCCCUCUCCCUGCCACCCCAGCCAGGAUGCAGUCGGCGCUGACAUCUCUUUCGGAGAUCACCCUCUCCUCCACCCCAGAAACCCGCGAAGUCGAAAUCUUCGAACUCCAGCACCGUCCCCUCCAAUCCAUGACCAGCAAAUCCAGCGCCGCCGCAGAAUGGCAACCCCACGUCUUUACCUCAGCGCCCUACGAUCCUCUCUCGCCAUCUCGUAUCGCAGGCGACCGCCCCCAUGGGACACGUUUCUUCGAGGACGUCGCCCCGCCCGAGGGAUGGGAAUGGGCCUCGAAGAAAUGGGAACUCGAUCUCGAAGCCGGCGAGUGGGUCAACGACCGCCUCGUCGUGGGCGUCGAGUACGAUAUUCUGCAGCACGACGAUGAUCCCAAUAUCGCUACAAACCGUCGCGACAGUAUCAACGCCGAUUUCGGUGGCUGGGUCUGGGAUUUACCGCCAGUCCCGGGCAGUGGUGCGAACCGCGAGGAUGACCUAUGGCUUGCGUAUGGCGAGUAUGAUGUGCCCUCAACGAGUCAUAUGAAGGAGGACGGUGAGCGGCGGAAGAAGAACGCCGAGAAGCGAAUCAAGGAUUGGGAGGAGGGGACUAUCGUGGAUAACAAGGGCCGGACGGGCGAAUGGAGGCGCAGACGGUGGGUGAGGCUGGUCAAAAGGAAGCCUGUCGAUACCACAACGUAAGAUGAAGAUAUGUUAUGUCUUGAAUUUGAGCGAAAGGGAUUCUUUGGUCUUUCUUGCACUCAACAGCGAAUACUGCUUCUCCCUGAUGUACACAGCGAUUCAUUCGUACUCUGGUUGAUGCAGCCCAUAUUUUGUUACUGUAUGCAUGUCCCACUGCGAUGACCGCUAUUUAAUACCAUGAUAAGUGAAUGUAUGCCAGCGUGCCAUCCAAACCCCAUCGAUUCUUCACCCAUAU